AUCUCUGAAUCUGGAACUAUCGCUAAGAUUGAAGUUAUCAACUUUAUGUGCCACAAGUACUUGAAAAUGGAUUUUGGACCCAAGAUUAACUUUGUUAUUGGGCACAAUGGAAGUGGUAAAAGUGCUAUUUUGACGGCUUUGGUCGUCGCUCUAGGUGCAAAAGCAAACUCUACAAAUCGUGGCAAGAAACUUGGCGAGUUAAUUCGUGAAGGUGCAAGUGCUGCUUUGGUAACGAUUCAUAUUACCAACAAAGGUCCAGAUGCAUACAAACAUGAUAUUUAUGGUGAUCGUAUCAUUGUGGAUCGACGAUUGGCUCGUGAUGGAUCAAAUACUUUCAAAAUCAAGAACUCCAAAGGCAAGGUUAUUUCUACCAAACGCGAAGAACUGACAGCUAUUUGUGAUCACAUGUCAAUCCAAGUGGACAAUCCCCUUACUAUGCUGAGUCAAGAUAAUGCAAGACAAUUUUUGAAUUCAAGUUCCUCACAUGAUAAAUACAAGUUAUUUAUGCGUGGAACACAAUUGGCACAACUAGCAACAGACUUUGAUAAGAUACGGGAAACCCUCGAAACUACGGAUUCAACUAUCAAACGAAAAUCUGAACAUCUACCUCUAUUGCAUCGAAAAGCCAAGGAAGCAGAAAUGAAGUAUAAAGAGCUAUUGGAAUCAAGUGAAUUGGAUAAUCAAAUUGAUGUUUUGAAUAACGAACUGGUAUGGUCUCAAAUCAUUCGCAAGGAAAAAGAUCUUGAAGCAGCAAAAAGGGCUACUGACCGUUGUGAACAACAAGUGAGUCAAGUUGAUGAACAAAUACAGGUUGCAAAAGUAGAUGAAAUUCAUGAAAUGCAAGAACAGUUGAAGGCAUAUCGACAGAACAACCCACCUGAUACGGCAAAAAGGAAUUUACUCAACGAAAGAAAAACCGAGUGGACACGAAAAUCCAAUGAUCUCAAGGUAAAAGGCAAUGCUAAUAGAAGAAGCACGAAAUUAAAAAAAAAAAAAAAGAUAUUAAUGGAAACCAACUCAGAAUUCAAGAAAUAUAAAGAUCUGGCAAAAGCGUGUCAAAAAGAGAUCGCUGAAGCAACAGCAAAACUGGAAUCAAAUAAUCGUCAAAAGAUUCAACAAAUCAAUGACAAAAUAGAGCAACUGGAAAUGACAAAAGAACAACUAUUACAACAAGCGAAUUCAUUGAAACAACAACGUGAAGAGGCAGAAAAUGAUUAUACUGAAAAACGCAAUUUAUCACUGAAACUCCAGGAAAAAUAUGAUGGCCUUCAGCAAAAUUACCGUGAAUCUCAGCACAAUCUCACUCGUCUUCAAGCACAAAAGGAAAACAAGCUCAAGGCCUUUGGACAAAAAAUGCCAGAAGCACUUCAAGAUAUCACCAAUGAACGACGUUGGCGUGGACAACCACCGGUGGGACCUUUUGGUCAAUAUAUGAAUCUCAAAUAUCCUGAAUAUGCUGAAGUAUUGGAAAUCACCUUGGGAAACCAAUUAUCAAAUUUCGCUGUGGAAACAUUUGAAGAUCAAGCUCUAUUGAAACGUAUUUUGGCUCGUCAUGAUUUGGGAAGAUGUAAUAUUAUGGUAGCUAAGAAGGAUCUCUUUGAUUACAGCUCGGACGAACCUGAUCAACACCUUUUGACGAUCCUUCGGGCCAUUGACUUUGACAAUGAAUAUGUGAAACGCCAAUUAAUUAUCGCUAACAGCAUCCAUCAGGUAAUACUCAUGGCUGAACGUGCUGAAGCUGAAGAAUUGAUGACCCAACAACCAACCAAUGUCAAGGCUUGCUUCACCAAAGAUUGUCAGAACGUUGGAGCUAAAUCUGGUAUGCGAACUGAAUCACUCCGGCGACACAAGGGACCUACUAGAUUCAAAAAGGAUGUGGAAUCAGAUAUUCGGGAAAUUCAAAAAGAAAUGAGUCAAUUUAUACAACAACAAAAAGCUGUGAAGGAAUCCAUAAUUACGACAGACAAGGAACUGAAAACCAUAAGAGCAUCUUUGAAUGACCUGAAGGUAAAAAAAAAAAAAAAAAAAAAAAAAAAAAAAAAAAAAAAAAAAAUACAAAAUAUCACGCAUCUGCAAGAAACUCUGAAGGAUAACGAACCUGCCAACCUUGGUGCCUUGGAAGAAGAUUUGGAUCAAUUAUUAGGUGUUUACAAAGCCCUCAAAGCUGAUGAAGCUGAUCUUGCCAGAGAAGCAAAUGAAUUACAGGAAGAAAUAAACCAGUUGGAUGACAACGAUGAAGAAAUUUCUCGAAGAAUAGCUGGUUUCCUAGUAAGUACUUGUUGUUUUUCUCAAUGUUUGACUUCAGCAUUCUCAUUUCAUUUUACUUGCUUGCUACAUGCACAAAAAGGCAAAUUGAUUACGGACGAAAGCACACGAACCAAUAGAUACAAUCGUUAUCAACAGGCUCUGGAGGAUCAACAACAAUUGGACAAUACUAUCGCUGAAUGGACACGACAAGCAAUGGAAGAUUAUCCAAAUAGAGUGGAAACCGAACGAAAACCUGAGGAAAUCCAACGAAAUAUCGAACACAUGGAAAGGAAACUGGAGGAGAGAGAAAGAUCUGCGGGCAUGUCAAUAGAACAAGCUGAAGCAGAAGCCAUACAAGCAGUUACUGAAUACAAUUCUGUUAAAGAAUCUAUUAGUACCAUGGAAACAUUCAUCAAGAGAAUGAAAGAAUCACUCAACAAACGGAUGGAUCGUUGGAAUGCCUUUCGUAUGUAUCUCUCUGUUGCUCCCAAACUCUUAUUCGGAUAUUAUAUGCACAAGCGUGGUGACAAAGGAACUCUUAGAUUCAAUCAUUCUAAACAAACCCUGGAUGUUCGAGUUUCUACUGGUGAUCAAUUUCAAGAAGGUUCUGGGCGACGAAAGGAUUCCAAGUCGUUAUCAGGAGGGGAAAAAUCAUUUUCUCAAAUCAGUCUUCUUUUAUCUUUAUGGGAUGGUAUCAGCUCUCCAAUUCUUUGUCUUGAUGAAUUUGAUGUUUACAUGGAUGCCGUUAACCGUAAACAAAGCAUGAAAAUGAUGAUGGAUGCUGCUUAUGAUACUGCAUCUCAAUAUAUUCUUAUUACACCACAAGAUGCAAGUAACAUGGUACCUGGUCCUCUUGUUACUGUACAUCGAAUGGCGGAUCCUGAACGUAGACAGUGAAAUAGUUAAUUAGGUUUUUUUUUUUUAGUUUAUAUAUAUCAUGUCUUUUUAUCUUUCUAUACCGAAAUAAAUGAUUGUUGUUAUCUGUUCC